AUGACCGUUAAAAACCAAUUAGAACUAUUACAAAAAGAGUUUACUGCCCUCAAAAGUAAAAUCACCACUAAACUCCAGCAAAAAGACCAAGCUCUGCAAGAAACCACUACCAAAUUACAAACCAGCACCCGCCAAUUAGAAACUACUCUUAAAGAGAAUACUGAGAAUGAAAAAUUUCUCACCCAACUAAUUAAAGAGUUUCAAGAGUUAAGUCAACAAUUAGAAUACCCCAACCCCAAAUCGAUAUUGCUCUCUAACAUGACCCAACUACAAAUUAAAGCUACUAUUUCAGACAUUGAAAGUAAAACUGAUAAAAACGCUCAACCUUACUACCGAAUCAGUUUAGCUGGCUUGCCUAAUCGCUACUUUUACGCUUUUAGUUAUAAUUUACCCGCGGCAACUCAACAAUUACUAACCACCCCCCACCAUUUAGUCAACCGCUUAGUUCUCCUCACUUACCAAGAACUUCCCAAUCAAGGCCAGCAAGGAACAUUUUUUAAAGUGCAACAAAUUGAACUAAGCACUUAA